ACCACAGAACAUCAGCUCUCGGUCUCCUCUCCUCCGACUUCAGACUUACAGCUACCACUCACAUCCUCCACGAUGUUCGCCGCCACCGCUCUCACUCUCCUUUCGGGUGCUGCGCUCGUCAGCGCUGCCGGCCUCCGCUCUGCCGCCGUCUCCCAGUACGGCUCUGCUGAGGGUGACCUCGUCCUCAAGCAGCUGGGCAAGGACUUCGUCGUCGGCUCCGCCGAGGCCGAGACCACCAUCUCCGCCACCGUCGAGAACGGCGAGCUGACGAUGGUCUGCCCAACGAAGGGCCUCAAGGCCGCCCUCGUCCCGCUCAGCGCGGCCACGGAGCCGGGCGUGUACACGCUCGAGUUCAUCACCUCGUCUCAGGACGAGCUGCCCAAGGGCUCCGUCUUCGGCGGCUGGAGCAUUUCCGACGACCGCACCGGUCUCACGAACGACAACUUGACCAUGGUCGUGAACGAGAUUGACGGCAACAAGGGCGCCUUCGACGUUGAGCGCGACCACACGAGCGGCGUCAGCGCCAUCGUCUACGUCAACAGGGAGGAGUCGGGUACCCCUGCUACUCGCCCGUGGUACAUCGUUCUCGACGACUCCAAGGACGUCCAGUGCUAAGGUGUUCCCAUGAUACGCCAUCUCGAACAUCGGAGGUCAACGGACAUUCAUUGAAGAGCCGCGUCAGUCAUUAGCGUACUAUCAUAGCCCUUCUUGUCCAGUAUAACCGGACCUAAUACUAUAUCGCUCUGUGCACUCGUAUCAAGCGUUGUGAGGGUCUUUCAAUCGGCGUCACAUUCCAUCCGGCGUGCCGUACAGAUGUUCAAGACCAGCACUGUACACGUCGCCUACAUAUCUUGCUGUUCUCGACCUUCGAGAAGUGCAUUCUUGAUAACAUCGCCAAUGACAGGGACAAACGCAGAGAUCUG